UUUGUUUAUUGUGAUAUCUCUGGCUUAGAGCAUUGCAAAAGGAAGAUAAUUUUAGAUUUAUUCACAAUUUUUACUGUUGAGCUUCAAAUUCAAAAUUUUUUCAACCCGAAUGUGAAUCAUCUGAACGUUGUGCAACGUUUAUUGAAUAAAAAGCCUAAAUAAAAGACUCAAAUCAAAAUGGCAACUGAGGAAGCACAGAAUAAGGUGAUUUUUGCAACUGGUGGUUAUGAUCAUACUAUUGUAUUCUGGCAAGCACAUAGUGGGGUUCGUUUAUGUGCUGUUCAGCAUCCAAGCUCACAGGUAAAUUGUAUGGAAAUAACUCCGAACAAGAAGCUAUUAGCUGCUGCUGGUUUUCAGCAUAUUCGUAUGUAUGAUAUUUAUUCUAACAAUCCAAAUCCAGUUGUUAAUUAUGAAGGUGUAGCCAAAAAUUUCACUGCUGUUGGUUUUCAAGAAGAUGGAAGAUGGAUGUAUACAGGAUCCGAAGAUAAUGCUUCAAGAAUAUGGGAUUUGAGGUCCAGAACUUUGCAAUGCCAAAGGCAGUAUACUGCAUUAGCUCCAGUUAACUCUGUCUGUUUACAUCCAAAUCAAUGUGAACUUUUCAUAGCAGAUCAAAAUGGAUCAAUUUAUCUUUGGGAUUUGAGGGCUGAAUCCAGUGAUCAGCAGUUGAAAAGACCUUUCUUCAAAAUUAUGGAACCUCAUGUAUAUAUUCAAAGUAUGCAUAUUGAUGCAGAAGGUACGUUUAUGGCUGCUGUUGACAAUAAAGGUAGUUGUUACCUUUUUACUCUCAGUGCUGGUGGAAGUGAAACUAUGCACACUCGACCUAUUAGAGCAUCCAAAUUUCAGGCGCACAAUACAUAUGGCUUAAAGUGCAAGUUCAGUCCAGAUUCUACAUUACUAGUAACUGCAUCUGCCGACUGUUCCGCUAAAAUUUGGAGAACUACAGAUCUCCAGUUGCUGCUAGAGAAGCCACCUGAAGACCUACAAGAUAUGUUCGGUAGCAAUGAGACUGUUGCACCUUCUCCAAUGAUUCAAUUAACACAUGUCAAUCAACGCUGGGUUUGGGAUGUUGCAUUUAGUGCCGACUCACAAUACCUUUUUACGGUCUCUUCUGACGUUCUUGCAAGACUAUGGAAUAUUUCUACAGGAGAAAUCAAAAGAGAUUAUAAUGGACAUAACAAGGCUUUGACUGCCUUGGCUUUUAGAGAUGGCUCUUGAAAACUGCAUUGUCUCCAAUUUUGAUAGCUUUGUUUAAAAAUGUUGUAAAUAUAAAUUAAAUAUUUUUUAAAGGAUUUAAUUCACUUGUAUAAAAACUACAAAAUAAAAAAUGCAUU